AUGUCCAGUCUGCUGCACCAGAAUGCUGGAGAAUCCAAGGAACUUGCUGCAGAAUUUAAUCUCAUCUUGUCAAGGGCUUUUGAAAACGUCCUCAACUAUGGAAAAGUUGCAGAACGGCAAAAGGAAAAAUUAAACACCAUACUGCAGUUCUUCCAAAUUUGUAGAAGUUUUGCAAAGUUACAAAAAAUGAGAAAGAAAGAGGUGAUCUACACGAAUACAAAAUGUCUCACUCCUCCUAAGCAGCACUUGAAUCAAAGACCUGAAAAUGCAGAAAUCAAAGAUUCCCCUGCUCCAGCUCCUCCCUGGAAGAUCAUUGCAGUGAUUCUGGGGAUCUUCUGCCUGAUAUUGUUAGGAGUCUCAGUGGCCUUGGCUAUCAAGCUAUUUUAUGGUUCCUUUACAGAUCAUUCCUGUCCGGGAUGCCCUGACCAGUGGGUACGAUAUAGAGACAGCUGUUACUACUUCUCCAACAUGAAGAAAGAUUGGAAUUCUAGCCGGAAUUUCUGCUCUGCCCAAGACUCAGGGCUCUUGGUAAUCAGUGACACCAAGGAAAAGAACCUGUUCUUGGGGAUCCAUACAGAAGAACACUGGAUUGGAUUGACAAAUCUCAGUGGCUCUGGCUGGGCCUGGGAAGAUGGCUCAACAUUCGAUAUAAGGGUCACCUCUAACAGCCCUGUGCAGCACUGUGGUGUCCUGGUGAAGGGGGCCCUCCAGGCCUCCAGCUGUGCAGUUCCUUUCCCAUGCAUCUGUGAGAAAUCCUCCAAGUAACCUCCUGCUGCACUUUCCCACCGAAUAGUCUUCACUCAGACUCAGCCAAUGGACCUGAAUCAUGAACCCAUUAAAGAUGCUCCUUCCUUUGUUCAUGUGGGAUAGGUUUGAUACUGUUCCUAGAUUGUUAGCAGCAUGCACUGCCUUGUGGGAGACCAAGAUUUGAUUCCAGCUGUAAUGUAGGUAUACAAUUGUGUCUAAGCACCUAGUGAAUGCAGCAUCAGCUAAAAAAGCUAAAGUUCUUGUUAAUACACAUAUUGUUGAUGAUCUUUGUAUUUAUAUUUUCAGCACAGUGGCUCAGACUACCAGAAAUUAAAACUUGUUUAAAAAACUCUAUAAAGGAAAAUAAUGGGACAAUAUUACUUAUUUCUCCUUUAAAGAUGAUAUCUCACUGUUGAAUUUGGAGUGAAGUAAGCAGCAUAAGUAGGAUUAAACUGGAUUUUUUUUAUUCAUUCACAAAAUGUUAGUUAUACUGUGUGUCUUUUCCUCUUUCUUUAGCAGGCUUGCUCUAGUGUUCUCAAGUGAUUAUUACAUUUACUCACUCCUACUCUACUCAAUUAACCUUUAGAUACAAUACUUUCCCCAAAUGGAGGGAAAUACUCUGGCAUGAUUCAUAUUUCAAGCUAAAUAGAUUUAACAUUUACUCCCCUUUUUUCUAACAUUUACUCCCUUCAGCAAUUAUUACUUAUACUUAGAUAUCCCCUUUAAAUUUUUUUUUUAAAAGAAGACUAAGAGGAGAUGUGAUAGAGAUCUGUAAAACAAAGAAUGGGACAGGGGAAGCCCUUCAAAAGCAUCUCUUAGCUUGCUCCUAUGAUGUAAUAGAACCAGAGGAUUCUCAAUGAAAUUAAAAAUAGUACAUUUUAUCCAUUUACAAUUUACAGUAUUUCAUUAACAAAAUGUAAAAUUAACCCGUGGAAUUCAAUGCUUCAGGAUAUUCCUGAGUAACACAUUGUGAAGCAAUAACCCCACUAGCUCAGUAAUAUUAGAACAAGGAUGAGACAAUUUUGGAUCUGAUUCUCUUCUCACAUUGGUUUUACUCUGGAGUAAUUCCACUGAAUUCAAAGGACUUAUUCCUGACUUGCACCAAAAUAAGGAGAGAAUCAGGUGUAACAGUUUAGGAGGAGUGUGCUGAGGUAAUAUUAUGUGUAACUAAUACACUCCCUUUUUAUCUGCGCCUCAGCCCAUCUGUCUGUUGAAGCACAGGCCAGAGCUCAGUCUUUUCAGGACUUAGAAAAAAAGGAUUACACAGAUUUAAACCACUGAGAGAGAGUGCCAUAGAAUUUCUUAAGGAUGAACAUUUAAUAUCGAUACAAACAUCUGCAACCAGAAUUUGGAAUACUUUUAAAACUUUGCGUUAUACAAAACUAGUAAGCAGUAACUCAGUUGGCGUUUUCCCACACAAACUUCCUCACUUUGUUUCUGUUAUAUGAAUUAUAGUGCCAGCUGCACACCUUAGCAUGCACACACGCAUACACUCUGACUUCUCAGUCUCUGCAGUAUGCCAUCAAUAGUGCAUGUGUCACUUGAACGCCACAGAACCAGAUGGCAAUGGAAGCUCCACAGUUUUCCAUGAAACUCCUCAUGGCCAACUCCACUUCUGGCAUCAACAGUUGGCAUCUCCUCAGCUUUGAGCAAGAUGGGGCAUCUGUAAUCUGGAUCCAAAGUGGCACAAGGCUCUGGGAUGCAGCUUUCUCAGUAGACAUUUCUUAGUGUUGCAUGGUUCAGCUGCUGAGGCCACAGGUCAGUCUCUUGCUCCUUCUGUUCAUACUAUUUUCCCCACUCCGCUCUUGGUGGAUGUGUGGAACCUGGCAGACAGUUUGGCCUUAAUGGAAACUCUCUGCACAACUUCAGAGGCAGUUACUAAGCAUACAUACCCAGAGAUUACUAUACCUCCCCACCACCACCUCUAGAUGGUUCUGGGGUUGGGCCCUUCUAACUAAGUGUCUUGUCCUGCUCUCUGCAUAUGUGUGGACUAGAGAUAUGUAGGAUUCAACAAAAAUUCAUGUCUCCUCCCCACUGCUUUCUCCCUUACAUUAGACUUAAAAAGAAUUGCUGCAAUAUGAGCCUGUGGGUUACCGCAGCAUUUACAGCUAGAGAAAAAGAUAGCAGGACUAUAAGGUUCUCAUUCUUCAGGGCAUUCGUUUAUUACCCACUGGGGUGGUGGAUUGCAGUGUCUGGGUAAAGAGGGCUGAAGAUGCUGACAGGACUGGUGUUGGUGCUACAGGUGAUUUAAUUGUUUUUCUCCCCAGUCCUUGUUUUAAAUGCUUCAGCACUGGGCCUUCAGAUACUUCACUUGGGAAGACAACUUCCCAUCUAAGAGACCCUCAAUGUCAGGAUUUUUUUUCUGAUGUCUAGCCUGAAGUUUUUCUUUAUUCAUUUCAUCCCAUUAUUCUUAAUCAUAAU